AUGCUCCUGCUCGUGAGGCGCAAGCAAGCGCGCCUCCAGAACCUUGUGGAGCUGCGGCCAAGAAAUCUGAACGUGGGACGUUGUGUGCUUACGAAGUGGAAGCUGCCUGUUGCCGGCCAGUACGACGGUCUCCACGGCGAGCGUGCCGGGCUGCCGAGGCCAAGCUGCAUUUGCUUCGUGUCUCCCAGCAAGCUGCAUUCAUCUGCAGCUUCACCUGAUGGAGAAUGGAACCCGGCGGACAGCCUCGUCGACGAGCUCACCUUCGAGAUCCUCCGCCGCCUCCCCAUCCGCUCCCUGUGCCGAUGCAAGUGCGUCUGCCGGUCCUGGCGCCGAUUCACCGACCACGGGCACGGCAAGAAGCUGCCGCAGACGCUAUCCGGCUUCUUCUACAGAAGCUACAGCCUCGACCGCUUCCCUCACUCGGCGCACCACUUCACCAACGUCACCGGGAGAGGCGCUCCUCUCAUCUACCCGUCCUUCUCCUUCCUGCCGCCGUUCGCCGGUCUCACCGUCCUGGACUGCUGCAAUGGUCUCCUCCUCUGCCGCUGCUCCCAGUCUGGUGGCGCUGGGCCGUUCCAUUAUGCCGUGUGCAACCCCGCGACCGAGGAAUGGGUGAUGCUGCCGGACUCCAGCUACAGUAUCGGUGAGAUCCGCAUCGCCAGCGUGUGUUUCGAUCCAGCCAUCUCCUCGCAUUUCCAUGUGGUCGGGUACGUGGUCCUGGACGAGGACGAUGACUACGUCACGCAGGUGGGGAUCUAUUCGUCGAAAGCUGGAUCAUGGAGUCUCCAUCAAAUUGGAUGGGACGAUGAGGUUUAUUUUGUUCCUUCAAUCGAGCGGAGGAGUGUUUUCCUUAAUGGUUUUCUGCACUCUGUCACGUACGUUGAGAUUGUGGCGGUCGACAUGGAGGCGAAGAAAUGGAGAAUAAUUCCUUUGCCGGAUGUUGAUGGUGAAACUGCCGUAAUUCAUCAAAGUCAAGGUCGCCUAUGUGCUUUUAUUGACCUACCUGAGACCAAGCUGUCAGUUUGGGUUCUUGAGGAGUACGGUACAAAUAAUUGGAUCUUAAAGCAUAUCAUUAGCACAUCGAGCCUGUUUGGAGGAAAGAAUUAUCGAAUAGAUGUAGACUAUCAUGUCAUUGCUGCUCAUCCGGAAUGCAAUUUGAUCUUCCUUGUUUAUGGAUCGAGCAAUGUUUUGAUGGCAUAUCAAAUGGAUCUCAAGAAAGUGCGUGCUAUAGGCAUACUCGGACAUGAUUUGUACUUGCCAUAUCUGCCAUAUGUUCCAUUAUUCUCUGAGCUGUUAACUAAUGGGCGCUAAUGGCUAACAUGAAGAGGGUGCAUGCAGCUCCACUUCUUCUAUUGCAAAAUUGUCUUUUCGCCCUAAUUAAGGAGAACCAUGUUUGCAGUGGGGCAGCCAAUCUGAUCUCUAGUAAGAAUUAUGCUCUGUUUUAUUGUAGUCGGAUGAAGCCUCUUUCUUUGUGUUGUUCUCAAGAAUGUUGUUAAAUCUUAGAUGGUACAUGAGUUACCUUCUUAGAAUGCAUGGGCCUUUCGGAGGGUAUGUUAUGAUGUUCUGAAGCUUAUGUCUUGUUUUAUUGUACUUGUGUUCGCUAUAUGCUAGUAAGCUUGAUGUCAUGUGUAACAGUUUGGAGAACCAUGCUCUAUGUACUGUCUUCCUCACUCUUUUACCAUUUUCUGAAGAAUUUUUGUAUGUUGCACCCUUGCAGCUUACU